AUGAGGCUCACGUGCUUCCUCGCUCUCACGUGUGCCGUUCUUGAACGCAGUCAUGCUAUCGCGGAGUCCGAAGUCGCGCUGACGUCGGAUAUCGCCCCUGUUUCCCGUAUUCUCCAGCCAAACGCUCAGUCCGCGGAAUACUCAAGUGAAAGGAAGUCGCUUCGAAGCCGUGAUUCGCCAGAGGAGGAAGCAACGGCAUUACUUGCCGUGGACGAGGAGCGAGUGCUGGAACCGGCUGGCCUUCUAGCACCACUUCUUGAUAAAGUGGCGAAUGUGAUGAAGAAGAUCUGGAGUAAGCCAUCCCAGUUUUUGCCUGUUCAGCUCAAGCUUGAUCAGCCUAAGCUUAGCCGGUCGAAUUUUGAUCAGCUCGAGCUUAAUCAGCUCAAGCUUGACCAGAUCAAGCUUGGUCAGCUCAAGCCUCCACAGCCUGUGCCCGGUCAGUUUGAGCUUCACGUGCCGCCACAUCAGAUAGGGAAAAGGACGUCGACAAUGCAACGAUCCGAGAGAGUGGCAGAUCUAGUCGCAUAUGGUCGAGGGAAAGCCAGGCCGUCGACAUUGCAACAAUCCGAGCGACUGACGGAUUCAGUUGCAUUUGGCCACAAGGCGGCCGGGCCGUCAGCAUUAAAAAAAUCCAAGAGAGCGGCAGAUCUGGUUGCACAUAGUCAAAAGAAGGCCACGACGCCGACAAUGAAACAUCCAAGAGAGUGGCAGAUCUAG